AUCAGCAGUGUAAAAGAUAGUACGUAGCUUUAGCGUAAUUACUUUUCAAUGCUAGCUCAAGGCAAGCAGGCAGGGUGUUUGUUCAAAACCACAACCGGGGAACCAAGCACAAGUCUGCUGUAAGGUUUCUGCAGAGAAAAAACAACCGAGCUUUACUGCAACUCGUUUUCAUAAUUCAGCAUCAUCGUGACAGCUAGGUCGCCGAUGAAAAAACAUAAGUAGGAACAUUAUCCCGCCGAUGAGAACGUUUGGACGACUUCGCCCAUUAAUUUGAACACAGAGUGUGCUUUUACAAACAUUUAUUCAAAACUAACCACUUACCAAAACAAUGUCGGACGGAACAGCGGGACAGAAAUGAAUUCGAAAUUGGUCUCAUUAAGAAAAUCUGCUGCGUUAAAAACAAAGCGCUUGCACGGUCUACGUAGGAGGUUAAUUACUCCGUGUUAAGUCAACACCGCAGCCAGAUCGAACAGCCAGGGAAUCCGUUUGAUAAAUAAUCCCAUGGAAUAACUUUACUCAACUAAAACAAAGUGAAUACGGGCGUCGAGCUAGGGUUACCCGCUUUAGAUACAUAGAGCCCACAGCUGGGCAUUGACAUUACAAAACUGGAUAUUUUACUGCGCAUCGACAUUACUGGCUUCGAGGUCUCCAGAUAGCAGACGUUUUGAAAGGCGAAAUACCAAGAGGGAGAACGUUCUUGUUAAGCUGAACAAGCACAACGUGAUUCGGUACGGCCAUAGAGCAGAUUUCAACGGCAAAAUAAUAGGUGACGUGUUGGGCCCGACAGCCAGGGAAAGACAGAUACAGAGGACAUAGUUGCAAGGGAAUUUUGUCGAAGAGCAUGUGGGUGCAUGUUAUUCUUUGUGAUGUACAUGAAAACGCAUCAUUUGGAAAGCCGUGACAUCAGCCUUUGACAUAUCGCAUUAUAACUGUAUCUCUGUUUCAUAGGUUGUUUAGAGGGAAAAUUCAUUAAUGGUAAUUCGACGGCAAAAUUUUGGGAGAACAAUUGCCUAAGAAGAGGCAGUGAUAAUCUUUGGCUGAUGGAAAGUCUUUAUCCGACUGUUUGAAUACGAUAUAUAGGUACAGGAGUGGUAAAUCUUGUUGACACGUGUAGGUGCUAUUGACGUUUUCUCUGUAAUCAAGGACCUGAAUUUCGGAGCGAAGUCAGGGAAUCGAAUGUGAUCCAUCACCGUAGGUCAUCGGUCCCGGUUCAUUAUAUCAUGGAUAAUUAAUCUGUUAACGUUGAAAAAAGAGAAAGAUGCAGAGAAAACCCGGAGCUUCGUUUACGAUAGACGCCUUAAUUGCACCUACGUCGCCCUCCACGACGUCUACGCAACCCGCCAUAAGCGACGGCACAGACGCACAAAGCGCACGUCUGUCAACGCAUUUCCCGCUACUGUAUGGGGGCUAUCUCUCUCACCCCGGGCUUACAGGGACAGCGUCCGACGGUCUCUGCGGCGGACAUGUAUCACCAGGAACCGUGUCGCUAGCUGGGUCCAUUUAUAGGCCGUAUGACAGUGAAAGCAGGUUUCACCUCGCGACGCCGGCAGUGACUCGCUCGGGCCCCGUAACGACGAGCGAGGACCAAGGCAGGUAUCUUCACACGUCUUCCAAGUCGGCGUUUACGUUCACGCUACGAGGUUUGACCUCCAGCGUUGCUGCGUCGUCGGCGCUGGCGUUGUCAACGUCCACCACGGUGCAUGCGUCCCAAACCAGUGUGACUUGCCCAGGAACUUCCGUUGAGUUGACAAAACCAGAGUUUCCCGACGCUGGUAUAUUCAGAAGACACAACGCAGGCGAAUCCGAGAGUUACUGCUCAAGUGCUCGCCUAGUGUGCAACAAGACUCCGGACUCGACCACCAGAGACGAUAUUGACGCCGAUGUCAGCAAUGGGAAGGUUGCAGUGAUGGAAGACGGGAAUGAAAGCGAGACCGGAACGAGCGACAGCGGAAAUGGUGAUGAGCCUUCUGGGAAGGGCGAAAAGACUAGACGGCGGAGGACAGCAUUUACCAGCGAACAACUCUUAGAACUUGAAAAAGAAUUCCACAGCAAAAAAUAUCUGUCACUGACUGAGCGCUCACAGAUAGCACAGACACUGAAACUUAGUGAAGUGCAGGUUAAAAUAUGGUUUCAGAACCGUAGAGCGAAGUGGAAAAGGGUUAAGGCGGGACUUCCUCAAAGGGUUAAAAGUGGUGUUGAGACACCUCAACCGAGCAUGCGCAGACCGAAGAUCGUGGUGCCUAUUCCCAUUCACGUGAAUAGAGUAGCAAUUCGAAGCCAGCACCAACAGCUGGAGAAGACUAUGAAAGCUUUGCAGCAUCAUUAACCAUUGUUUCGUGUUUGGGGUUUAAAGCCGAUAUGAAAUAUUAUAAAAAUGAUAUUAAAUAAUAUAACGCUUGUUUUUUAAUACAGCGUAGGCUUAAGUCUGGAUGGGUUAGAAUAAACCACUGGAUGACAUGGGAAUCGACACAUUAUAAUCAUCUGAUUAUAUCAAAUAUUUGAAACAUUGGAAAGGAUAAACUGGUAUUUUGCUAGAGUAAGUAGGCCUACCUGUAGGCCUACAUGUACACCUAUAUUUAGAAUAAUAAGCAAUAUUCACGAGGGGUGACAGUUUCUCAGCCGAUUUCUCUCAAAUCACUAAGAAUGAUAACCAUGAAUCUGUGCUAUACAUUAGCUGGUGUUAUAAUAGGACUAAUGAACUCUUGUUAAUUGUGCUGUAAAUAGAUGUGCAAGGACUUUAUUUGGUGCGUUGUGAAAGUAGUCACAUAGAAAAUUGGUGUGCGUAGCAGCGAGAAGCUAUAGAGAGAAACCCAUUCAAUUUAUUACAGGUGUAGUAUUCGGGGCCAUGAAAAAAGGCAAUUUGGUCAGUAAAUAUAUUACAAAGGUACUCUAUGUGUCCUUUUUUGGGUACAGUGCAAUUUGUCUAAACGGAAAUAGUGCC